AUGGCCACAGAUUCGAGCGGCCCCCCAUCCCCCACCCCAAGCAACAGGGGAACCAACGACCAGUCCCCAGAGCGCACUCCCAUGGCGUCGGCACAAACGGCCCUGCAGACCAUCGUGCUGAGGGUGACCAUUCACUGCCAUGGCUGCAAGAAGAAGAUCCGGAAGGUGCUCAAGAACAUCCAAGGCGUCCAGGACAUCAAGGUAGAUGCCCAGCAGCACAAGGUGACGGUGACGGGCACAGUGGACGCCGAGACGCUCGUCAAGAGGCUGUACAAGUCAGGCAAGCAUGCCCUGCCAUGGCAACACACACCCGCCGCGCCUGCCAACAGCCCCGAGGCUGCGCCCGCAACUGAGGCCCCGGUGCCGGCCCCUCCGGCCGAGGACGGCAGCAAGGAUCCUGCUGUGGCGGACAAGAAGCCAGCGGAACCUGUGAAGGAGCUGCAUGCCGAUAGCUCGGACAAGAAGCCAGAGCAGGAGGAGACGUCCCUGGAGAAGAAGCCUGAGACGGAGAAGGAAGCAGAGUCUGAGAAGGAGGCUGAGAAAGAGGAGGUGAAACCAAGCGACGAGGCGAAGAAAGACGGCGGCGAGGGCGCGGCGACCGAGCCCGAGAGUGGAUCCGCUGCCGCCACAAAGGAGGCCGGCGAUGACGAGGCCGUGGACAAGAAGAAACAGAGCAAGGACGCACCUGCUUCGGACAGGUCCCUAUCUCCGGCGCCGGCGCCGGCGCACGCGCUGCAGGAGUUCAACCCGUACAGCGCGCCACAGCCGGUGAUGAGCUACCACACGGCGCAGCCGAGAGCGAGCGUGUCCUACUACGCCCCGCAGCCAGAGCAGAGCUACUCCAUGUCCAUGCAGCAGCAACCGCCGCAGCGGCAGCAGGCGGCGCAGCCAAUGCAGCAGUGGUCGCCGUCGUACCUUUACAUGCCGUACCCGCACGCGUCGCCGGAGUCCUAUUACCAGGACUACAACAGCCCGCCCGGGACGCACGCGCCGCCGCCUCCGCCUCCGCCGCCGCUGCAGGACUCAUACCGCCUGUUUGACGACGAGAACCCCAACUCGUGCAGCGUCAUGUGA